AUGGAUAUUGAUUCUCAAACUAAUAAUCAGUUAUCACAAGUGAUCACUUCAGAAGAAAUUUCAGCUGCUGCCAGUGAUGAUAAACCUGAUCACUUGGAAAUUGCUUGGCUUUAUAAUGAGGUAAAAUUCAUAUGUUAUGUCAAUGAACCUGCUUGCGAGCAAACGGAACCUAGCACCACUGGUCAUUGGGAAGAAAUGGAGCUAGUCAGCAGAGAUGGCCUAGCAAAGAUAAAAGCUAUUGUCUUCUUUGCUUCCUUCGACCAACGCAAGGACAAAGCUGCCGGAGAAAGCGCAUGUGCAGCACUGGUUGCAGUCAUUGCCAAUUGGCUUCAACCCAACGAAGACAACACACCAACGAGGGCCCAAUUCGACAGGCUCAUAGUCGAAGGCUCCUCUGAAUGGAGAAAGCUUUGUGACUAUCAGGAUUUGAUAAACCAAUUCCCCGACAAGCAUUUUGACAUCGAGACCGUCCUGCAAGCCGGACUCGUCCCAAUAUUGGUCUUGCAUGAGAAGUCCUUCAUCGGAUUCUUCAGCCCAAAAGAGUUUGGGACAUUGAAAGGAGUCAUGUCUUUUGAUCAUAUAUGGGAUGAGAUCAAGAAGAACGCAGAGGGUGACAAUGACAUGCCUAGGAUUUACAUAGUAAGCUGGAAUGAUCAUUUCUUUGUGUUGAAGGUUGAUGUCAAUGCUUACCACAUCAUCGACACAUUCGAUGAGCAGCUUUUUGAGGGUUGCAACCAAGCCUACAUUUUGAGGUUUGAUAACUCGGCUUUGAUGCGCAAGAAGGUAAAGAAAGAAGGGGUCAGUUCCAAUCAGGCAAGUGAGGAUGAAAUUUUCAGUAGCAAAGAGUGUUGCAGAGAGUUCAUGAAGAGAUUUCUAGAUGCAAUACCACUUAGGGAACUUGAAUCGGAAGAGAAGAAGGAAUCGGUUUCUUACUUCGCUCUCCACCAGUGA